AUGGAGGCCACCACCGAGGAACAACAACCCGGAACACUAGUGCACCACAUCCUCCCUCCCCGCCUUGAAGACGCCGGCCUCGAAGACUGCGCCCUCCCCCCCGAUUCAAUCAAGCAAGCCUUCCUCAAAGCCGCCACCGCCGUCAAGUCACGCGCCACCUCCCUCUUCACCGACGACGAGGAAGAAGAAGAAGAAGAAGACUGCGUCAGGGAUCCCUGGCCGGCGGUGGUCGGAGCCGUGACGGAGGGGAAUCCUCCGGGAGCUUGCGGCGGAGAUGAAGUGGUGGUGGGCGGUGAGGAGGAGAAGAGGGAUAAGGUGGUUGUGGGAGGUGAAGAUGUGAGGGAGGUUGGUGGAGAUAAGGCUUGUGUUGAUGGGUUGGUUGGGUUAGAGAUUGAAGAGAAGAAGAAUGAGGGUAAGAAUGAUGAGGGACCUAUUUUGGUUGGAGGUUAUGCUUAA